AUGGCGCAAGAUGUCGAGUACAGCUACCAUCAUUACCUUCUCUUGGCCGCCAUCGUCGUGCUCCCGCUUCUCCUCGCCAAGCUCAGGCCGCGCAGGCACGGCGGCGGCGAGACUAACCUGCCCCCAGGACCAUGGCGGCUGCCUGUCAUCGGCAGCCUGCACCACCUCGUCGGCGCGCUCCCCCACCGCGCGAUGCGGGACCUCGCCCGCCGCCACGGCGCCCCGCUCAUGCUGCUCCACCUCGGUGAGCUGAAAGUAGUCGUCGCGUCCUCGGCGGCCGCGGCGAGGGAGGUGAUGAGGACCCACGACGCCGCGCUAGCCACUCGGCCGCGGACUGCCACCAUCCGAGCGCUCACCAGGGACGGCGUCGGCGUGGCGUUCGCGCCGCAGGGCGAGCACUGGCGCCAGCUCCGAAAGCUCUGCGUCACCGAGCUGCUCGGCGCACGGCGGGUCCGGUCCCUCCGCGGCUCCCGCGAGGCAGAGGCCGCCAGCCUCGUCGCCUCCGUCGCGUCGGCGGCGUCGUCGUCAGCGCCGGUAAACGUCAGCGCUCUCCUAGCCACCUACGUCACCGACGCGGUGGUGCGAGCCGUGGUGGGCGACCGGAUCGGGAACCGCGACGCUUUCCUGGAGUGCCUUGACGAGGGCGUCAAGGUGGCCGCCGGGUUCAGCCUCGCCGACCUGUUCCCGUCCUCGCGCCUCGCGCGCGCGUUCAGCGGUGCGGCGCGGCGCGCGGAGCUGCACGGUGUCAAGAUGAGCCGGCUCAUGAACGGCGUCAUCGAGGAGCACCGCGCAAGGAGGAAGUCCGCUGCCGGCGCCGGCGACGACGAAGAAGACCUCUUGGACGUGCUGCUGAGGAUCCAGACGUACGGCGGGCACCACGUUCCUCUCGAUAUAGGAACCAUCCGCGCCGUGAUCACCGACCUGUUUGGGGCCGGGAGCGAGACCUCCGCGACGACGCUCCAGUGGGCAAUGGCUGAGCUCAUGCGGGAGCCGAGGGCGCUCCACAGGGCGCAGGCCGAGGUGCGCGGGGCCCUCGCCGGGGAGGGCCGCGUCCGGGAGGAGGCGCUGCCGGAGAUGCGGUACCUGCAGCUGGUGCUCAAGGAGACGCUCCGGCUGCACCCGGCCGUGCCGCUGCUCCUCCCGCGGGAGUGCCAAGAGCCCUGCCGCGACGUCCUCGGCAACGACGUGCCCGUGGGCGCCAUGGUGCUCGUCAACGCUUGGGCGAUCGGGCGAGACGUCGAGAGCUGGGGCGCGGACGCCGAGGAGUUCAAGCCGGAGAGGUUCGAGGAGGCCGUCAGCUGCGCAGUGGACUUUAGGGGGACGGACUUCGAGCUUGUGCCGUUCGGUGCGGGCCGGAGGAUGUGCCCAGGCAUAGCGCUCGGGCUCGCCAUCAUGGAGGUCGCGCUCGCGAGCCUGCUGUUCCAUUUUGACUGGGAGCUCCCUGGCGACGCCGCCCCGCGUGAGCUGGACAUGACGGAGGCGCUCGGGAUCACCGCUCGGAGGAAGGGCGACCUGUGGCUGCACGCCAGUCUUCGUGUGCCUCUUCCGAGUCUCUAG